AUGGCGACUUUCACAGCUGAGACGAGGAGCUCUCCCAAUAUUUUGGUAACAGGUACUCCGGGUACAGGUAAAAGCACUCUUGCACAAGAAAUCGGCCAGCAGCUUGAAAUGCAGUACAUAAAUGUUGGGGACCUGGCUGCGGAAAAAGAACUCUACGAAGGCUGGGACGAAGAAUAUCAAUGCCCGGUGCUUGAUGAAGACAAGGUAAUUGACGAACUGGAAAAUAUUUUACGUGACGGAAACUGUGUGGUGGAUUAUCAUAGCUGUGAGUUUUUUCCAGAAAGGUGGUUUGAUCUCAUCUUUGUCCUGAGAACAGAUAAUACCAUAUUAUACAACAGACUAGAAGCAAGGUUUGUAAUUCAGUGCGAUUCCUUUGAUUGUAUAACUUAG